AUGUCAGAUGUGCGACAGAGGAAAAGCAAAGGUCGCUCUCAGAAGAAUGCCUCCUCAGUCGUCCAGAAAGGAGUCCAGAAGUCCAAGACUUCCUCAAAAGACGAGGAAUGUGAGAGCGAGGACUCCCCCCUCUAUUGGACGCUGUCAUGGAGUAGUGUUAUUUUGGGUGUAGUGGUAAUGUUCUGCUGUGGGCUGACACAUGCCAAGUAUAUGUCACAGAUUCAUGAAAACUGGCUCUGGUUCACAAAUAUCAAGGAAGUGGAGAGGGAGAUAUCCUUUCGGACGGAGUCUGGAUUAUACUACUCCUACUACAAACAGUUGGUUCAUGCCUCUUCAAUAACCCGAGGCCUAUAUGAGAUAACGCAUGACAACAUGACAGAACAUCCAAGUACUAUCAAUGUCCUGGAACGUAUGAAUAUCUACCAAGAAGUCAUCCUCAGCAUCCUCUACAGGGUUCUCCCCAUCAAGAAUUACAUCCAGCCAAUCUACUUCUACAUCAACAGUGUGUUUGCUCUUCAUGCCAUGCUCAUUUGGGCUUUGUUUGCCACAGCUUAUAUGCUCAGCGGUUCAUGGCUUGCCGGCAUUCUCACUUCCUGCUUCUACAUCUUUAACAGGCUGGACACGACACGUGUAGAAUACAUCAUUCCCCUACGUGAGAGUUUCUCCUUGCCAUUUUUGUGGGUACAGGUAGCUGCCACCUCAUUCUACUUCAGACCAAGCAACAACCCUACUAAAGAUAGACUAUCUGUUGCCCUGUGUCUAGUCAGUACCUUCUUGUUUGCCUUGGGAUGGCAGUUCAACCAGUUCAUCAUUCUACUCCAGUCAUUUUCCUUGUUUGGCGUGUGGAUUUUAGACCUUGUUCCCCCAAAGAAGGUUCGAAUGAUGCUUUAUAUCGAGGCUAUUUCCCUAUUGAUGGUGUGCCUGCUCCAGUUCAUCAACAAAAUGAUACUUGGGUCCUUCGUGAUGAGUUUCAUACCAGCAGCUCUGCUCCUUAUGUAUAUAAAGGGUGAUGACAUGAAACUUUGCAGUAUACCUUCACGGAUCUUCAAGGUCAUAUCUUAUAGCACGGUGGUGUUGAUGUUGAUGGUGUCCAUCAACUUAGCAGUGAAGGUUUUGAUCAACGUAGAAGCAGAUGAACAUAUAUACAAAUUUGUGCUGUCUAAAUUUGGAAUUGGAAAUCCUAGAGACUUUGAUUCACGGAUAUAUCUUUGUCUGGAGGCGUUUCAUUUCCUGCCAUUUGAUACAUACGAGAGAUUAACAAAAGGCAUGGUUUUCCCCUUCUAUGUGGCUACACAUGUGAUCCUGCUUAUAGUCCUCUGUGUGGCUGUUCUACAAAACUGGAGUAAUCAUGUGCAUGAUGCAACUGUGAAAGAUACUGCCAGUACAAAAAAGUCCCAUCUUCUUAGUAACAGACCAGAACUGGCAUACCAUACAGUGCAGGCAGUGUUUUUUGGAUUGCUAGCCAUGUCUACAUUGCGUAUGAAAUAUCUUUGGACACCUUACAUGUGUAUACUGGCCAGCUUCGGGAUCAGUGACUACCGUAUGUGGAGGUCUGUCCUGGCUCACCUGAAGACACAGGGCAUGAUGGUGCAGAUCGUACGACAUUUGGCCACUCUGAUUGUCCUAGCUGCCUUGUUAGCACUAGCUCUUCCUCCUGUUUUCAAAGAACUAGAAGACCUUAAAGAAUUCUGGGACCCAGAUACUGUUCAGCUCAUGGAGUGGAUUAAAAAAGAGACCCCUAAAAAGGCAGCGUUUACAGGAAGUAUGCAGUUACUGGCCGGAGUUAAGUUAUGUACUGGUCGCCCUAUCACAAACCAUCCCCACUAUGAGGACAAACAUCUACGAGACAAAACUAAAGAUCUUUAUCAAAUCUAUGCUAGAAAAACACCAGAAGAUGUACACAAACUACUGAAGAAGUAUAAAUCUAGUUAUAUAAUUCUGGAGGACAGUAUUUGUUUAGCUCCAUCAAAAAAUGGAUGUCGAACCCCUGAUUUAAUGGACUUUCAUAAUGGCCAUCUUCCUGAUGCCAGUAAUGGUAAGAUGGAGCCUGGACUUAUCCGAAGUAAAGUGGCGAGAUUUUGUGAUGAAAUCAGGUACAAUGGAACUCGUUUCACGAAGCUAUUCAAACCAGUCAUGAGUAACAAGACAUUUCGUGUUCACAAGGUGGUAUAG